ACGUGACCUCUUGGACCUGCCCCCUCGCGUUGCGGAGCUGGGGGUCCGAGCAGGGCUGGAGGGGUCCCCAGGUUCGGUUGGGGAUCCGAGCCGGAGCGGAGCGUAAGCCAGGCAAACGAGCGAGCAGGAGGGCGAGCGAGCGACGGAGCAGCUAGCUGCACGGCGGCGUGCAGCGCUGUUGAGGGCGCUGCCCCGCGUGAUCCCAGGCCGCCCCGGGUCUUGGUCUCUUCGAAGGAUCAUCGGCUCCCGGGGCCAAAGAGCGGGGACAGGGGCGCUGCCGAGGUGCGAGGCCACGGCUGGAGCCCGACACGGUGUUACGGUGUCUCCAAUAGACCCUGACGUGGGUGAGGCGGCCCCGGGAGCAUGAGCGGGCAGCGCGUGGACGUCAAGGUGGUGAUGCUGGGGAAAGAGUAUGUGGGCAAGACGAGCCUGGUAGAGCGAUAUGUGCACGACCGCUUCCUGGUGGGGCCCUAUCAGAAUACCAUCGGGGCUGCAUUCGUGGCCAAGGUGAUGUCCGUCGGAGACCGGACAGUGACUUUGGGUAUUUGGGACACAGCAGGCUCUGAGCGCUACGAGGCCAUGAGCAGAAUCUACUAUCGGGGUGCCAAGGCUGCCAUCGUCUGCUAUGACCUCACGGACAGCAGCAGCUUUGAGCGAGCUAAGUUCUGGGUGAAGGAACUGCGCAGCCUAGAGGAGGGCUGUCAAAUAUACCUGUGUGGCACCAAGAGUGACCUGCUGGAGGAGGACCGGCGUCGUCGACGUGUGGACUUUCAUGAUGUCCAGGACUAUGCAGACAAUAUCAAAGCUCAGCUCUUUGAAACAUCCAGCAAGACAGGCCAGAGUGUGGACGAGCUCUUCCAGAAAGUGGCGGAGGAUUACAUCAGUGUGGCUGCCUUCCAGGUGAUGACAGAGGACAAGGGCGUGGAUCUGGGCCAGAAGACAAACCCCUACUUCUACAGCUGUUGUCAUCACUGAGUCACUACUCACCUGGCCUGGGGGAAUUAAAGAAAUUCCCCAGAGGGGCUGGACCCAGCUCUUGUCUGGGCUUGGGAGGUCAAAUGUUUGAGCUACCCCAGGUUCCCAUGACAGCAGAGGUGACACCUGCCUGUGCUGGCCCAUGGAACAGAGGCAGCAUUGAGCUGACUGUGGGCAUGAGGAGGGCUAAGGGCUGAUUUGGACCCCAGGCUUCUGGUCUGGACAGCACUUGUGUCUGCAGAUUAUUUAAGUAGCUUCUGAUCUGUAAAUAAAAUCAAUGCACUGUGAAUCACACUCA